GCAUAAGUUCACGGGGUUCACAGAUGACUAAUUUUAUGCAAAACGAAAUAUAUUAGUCAAUGUCAUUUUAAAUAGUUGUAAUCGAAUAUGCACAUGUAAAUAUAUAGCACAUGUAAAUGUGUUUAUUCUAGGUGAUAAUCGGAGGUAUAUAGCCUGUGUAUAUAGUUUGUGUUUGGGGAUCUACUGUGAACUUUGUGAACCGUCUGAAUUGGGUGAAUUACAACGUCCUCUCUACAUGGCUGGAUUUGUCUCAUGAUUUUCUCCAUAUUAUUGUAGGUUGUUAUAUCACGAUACAUAUCACUGGUAAGGUGAAAUAUAGAAAUAGGUCUACACUUUGUGCAAAAAUGGAUGGUGUUGAGAUGGUUGAUGACGAAGAGGUCGUAGGUUCUAGGGCUAUUGAAGAUAAAUAUAACAGGGUAGAAAAAGACUUAAAUAGCAGGCAGCGAGCUGAAAUUGGUCAGAAGAUUUCUGAAUUCAGUCUGGAUGACGUGAAGCAACUUUGUAAAUUAGCUCUGAAAAGAAAAUCAUUGGAAAUAUUGAAACUUGUCUUUUCAAGAAGAUGUGUUCUCUCUUGUGACUAUGAACUAGAUUUAGCAGCUAACCGAGAAUUAAUAUCAAGUGCUAUAGAAUCCGAUUUCGUCGAGGGUCUCGUUUAUUUAUAUGAUCAUGGAUUAGUUUUAGAUUCAGACGGGUGUAAAAAUUACAAUCAUAGAUUAGAAUCAGAACGAUGGAGUGCCCUGGCUGAGGCUGUUCAGAAUAUCAAGUAUAAAGUAACGGAAUAUAUUUUAUCUGUUUCUACUGUAAUUAGUCUAGAAACUUCCCGUGAAAUAUUGGCUACUGCAAUCACCCGAAAAGACAUCCGAAUUGUGAAAUUACUUGUAAGGAACUCUGAAGUAAAAAGUCAUAUUACUACUGGAAAUAUACCUCUCAUACCUUUAUGCUUUUGUGACGAUGAGGAAUACGGCACAGUUGUGGACGAAGAGACAAGACUUGCAUUGAUUAAAGUAUUAGUAGAUGCAGGGUCAUCUUUAGAUUUAUACAAUCAACACGGUCAAACACCUUUAAUGCUAGCUGUUGAGAAAGGAAUGUUCACAAUAUUUGAUUAUCUACUAGGUAAUGGAGCCAAUAUAAAUUUCUUUGAUGAUAAAAAAAAAACUGUUCUUCAUUACUUGGUAUUAUUGGAAUCGGAUAUGUCCACCCAUAUAGAACGAGUAAUCAAUAUUGAAUCCAAUUUACGAAAGAAUGAUCUAAUAAUUUCAUGUAUUCUUUUCGCUGUAGAACACGGGAAGUUUAAACGGGCAACUCACUUAAUGGAAACUUAUCAUGUGGAUGUCAAUAUGAAGGGUGAUAACAAUAAUAACCUUCUACACUAUGUAGCAUUGCAUAAUAGCGAUCAAAGUGUUGAGUUUGCCCGAUCACUUAUUGAACGGGGGAUAGACGUCGAUCAUCGCGCGUAUUUUGACAUAACACCGCUAAUUACAGCAUGUGUAAAUGAUAACAUUAACAUAACCAGGGUGUUAUUGAAAGCUCGAUGCGAUGUAAAUGUAAAAGACUGUCAUGGGACCAGUGCUUUAAUGAUUGCCGUUGAACACCAGAACAUGGAGCUAGUGGAGCUUCUACUAACAUAUGGUGCUGAUGUAAAUGGAACUAAUGUUUUACUGAAAGCUGCUCAAUAUCGCAAUAUGAAAUUGGUAAAACUUCUUACUAAAUACGGUGCUGAUGUAAAUUUUAUAGAUUCACGAGGCGAAAAUGUAUGUCUGAGUUGUUUUUAUGAACAAAACGAAGUAAGUCGAAAAUCAAGUUUUGUCUUCAUCAAAUUAUUUAUUGAUCUGGGCUUUGAUAUUGAUAGAGUGAACUAUGAGAAUAGAAUCCUGUACGCAGCUGUCCGCACAAAUGAAUUGCUCUCCUUUCAGCUUUUAUUAAACUCAAUUACAAAACUGGAUCGCUUUGAUGACAUGGGUGAAAAUAUAUUUCAUAUUCUAUCCAAGGUGAAGGGUUUCUCCUAUACUAAAGUAGUAUCAUUGUUUGAGAAGGAAAACCUUAAAAAACAGAAGAACAAAACUGGAAACACUCCUCUAAUGCUAGCCUCAUUUCUAUUAAACACGGGCUAUUUGGACGUGUCCACAACAAAUGGAAGAAGUGACGUUGUUAUACAAAAUAAAUACGGUCAUACUGCUCUUCAUAUGUGUAUGUUAGGUUUCAUUAUGUCAACGGCUAAGCUGGGAAGCGGGGGUGAAAAUCGUUUUAAGUUCAGAAAAUGUGUUAAAUCCCUUCUUAAUCCUGGAACUAAUGUUAAUAUUCAAGAUAAUAAUGGUGUUACACCUUUAAUGAUGGCUGCAAUGAUAGAAGAUAAAAUUAUGAUAAAAUACUGUAUGAAUCGUGUGGCGGAUAUAACAAUUUUAGAUUAUAAAUAUCAAAUGUCUGCUUUGCAGUAUCUUAGUUUCAAGUCGAGCUGUGCCUGUCUUCCGGAACUACUAUCUAAAGAUCGCAGUGCUCUGGUAAAUUUACCAGGAAAAGAUGGUAACACUUUGAUUCAAAGAGCUCUGCUGUUUCCAUUAUUUUGGGAUCCACAGGAAUCAGUGGAUAUCAUCUGCUAUUUACUUGCUGUAAACUGUAACCUACAACACCUUCAGUCAGUUUCUACUGAACGUAAUUAUUUCACGGAAGAUAUCGACCUUGAUGACUUCAACAUCGACGAAAGAGAUCGAUUAAGGAAGUUGCUAUAUCUGAGUGGGGCACCUGAAGAAGAAAUCAUCUUGUCCUUGAAUUUCGAAAAAGAAGAUGAAGUUGAUGACGAUAUCACUGAUGACAGACUUCAUUCUCGUCACCGGGAGCAGUUUAAUUUAUUUUGCAAUAACAUUUCACUUCAGUCGCGAUGCCGGAGGGCCAUCCGCCAAAUUGUUGGUUCCAGACUUCACACCUUUAAUUUUAUUGUUGCUUCCAACAUACCACAUGUACUUUACAAAUUCCUGUUUCUUGAAAAUGGUAGCGGAGGGGAGGCAGACAUUACUUUGAACCACAAAUAUUUUGUUACUCGUGAAGAUCAGAUUGAAGAUAGGGGUGGUGAAUAUGAUGAUGAGGAUGGUAAUGAUGAUGACAGUCCUAAUGUUGUUGAUUUCGAUGAUAGGGGUGGUGAAUAUGAUGAGGAGGAGGGUAAUGAUGAUAACAGUCCUAAUGUUGUUGAUUUCGAUGAUAGGGGUGGUGAAUAUGAUGACGAGGACGAUGGUAGUGAUGAUUAUACCGUUAUUAAUUUCGAUGACGCGUCUUUAAGUUCAAUCGAGUCAAUGUACGGUCAUGUAAAGUAUAUUAAUGAUCAAAAUAAUUGAUUUGUAUGUGUUUCGGAUGGGAAACAAUGUUAUCCGAUUUGUGAAGUUUAUUCGGUGCAUGGGAAUGCCAUGGAAAAUAUACUAAAGAUAACAAUGAUUUCAUUGUAUCUUAAUUUGGGGUUAGGCUUAUUGAAUUUGAAACGCAGACCAUUUUUUUUUAUUUCAACGUGAUCGUUGAUUCAAUAAAUCAUACUUGUUUUUAAUAUCAUUAUCAGGGCCGUAACUAGCUCAGAGCAACGGGGGACGGGAAGUGUUCUCAGGGGUGCUGUAAAAUUGACGGACAAUGUAUAUCUAUUGUUUUUCUGGUCGGCAAUUUUUUCAGUUACGGGCCUGGUCAUUAUGUAAGGAUAAAAGAAAUUCAUUAUUGGUUUUAAAUGUAGGGUCACUAAUUAUGACUGGUCAUACUUUUUGCCGAAAUUUGUUUCCGCUUAGUUGGACCAAGACACAUGAGUUUAACAACUUCGGAAAUAUUUUCGCAUGAAACCCAAAUCUAAGGCCUUUAAAAUCCCGGGGUUCUCGCACUCAACGAGCCAAGUGAUGCCACACCUGAACGAAAACCAAAAACCAACGCAACAACGCUAUCGGUCGGUUACAAGCAGGUGAAUCCCAGACAGAUGUAGCCAGGCUACUGAAUGUUUCCCUUUGGGAUAGGUACCGACAGCUCAGUUCAACAUGUGAUCGCCUAAGCUCAGGUCAAAUAAGAGUGACCCCACCUGUCCUGGAUCGUCACCAACGCAAUUGGUCGGUUACAAGCAGGUGAAUCCCAGACAGAUAUAUCCAGGCUGCUGAAUGUUUCCCUAGAGUACCAUCUCUAGCAUUUGGGAUAGGUACCGACAGCAAAGUUCAACACGUGACCGCCCAAGUUCAAGCCAAUCAUCAGCUGCCCUUGAUCGUCACACCCGGUUACGUCAUUUGCGGAAACAGUUUUUACAACAGUAUCGGCGACUUCUACUGCAACAGCAAUUCCUGGACUGCGAAGGAUCUCAGACCAGACAGUCCAUAAACGCCUACGUGAAACCGAAUUACCAGUUAGAGCUGUUGUUUUGAAAUACAUCGACUUCAAUGGGUUCAGAGACAUAGGGUAUAGUCACAGCAACGCUGGAUACAACGGAGGUUCAGCACGUGGCGGGGGGCCCUUCAAAUGGGCACAAAACCAGACCCAAAUUUUCUAGAGUAAAAUUUUGCGUAGAAUACGAUGCCGAAUGGUAAUCAGUCCGCCGUCGGGGCGUUUUCGAGAUAUUCCGGGUCAAAGGUCAAAUGAGUUCAUUUGCACUGAAAGGGAAUGCGCAGUCAUUCUUGUAUUAUGAAAAGAAGGUGAAAAUGAUCGUAAGUAAUCACACUUUCAAUAAAAAUGUAAACUUGCUAAAUUCACCUUUAGUCUUAGUGGCCCUGGAGGUCAAAAGGUGAAAUUUACCGUUUUUGCACUAGGAAACUUUAAAGCAAUGAAUUGUCAACGUAAAAUAUGAAAACUAAAGCGAAACCUGUUCUAAUUAAUAAUAGAAACAUUUAAAAAAAAUUUUUAGGGGGCCUAGCACCGAACUUUUACUUUGCAACGUCGAAAAUGAUCUUGCAUAACAGACCGAACAAACUUUGAAACCUGUCUCAAAAAUACGUAAAAACUGUCAAAUCGAAAUCUCUCCGAAUGACUUUCAACAUGAUAUCCGUUCAUUAAAAUGUGUUGGUCAGUGUUAGGAUUAAUAAAGAAUUUGUUAUAGCAUUUGUCUCAACGACAUUAUGUAAUAUUUUGGACAUUACAUGGACAUAUUUCCACCUUCUACUGAAGACAUUGAUGAAGAUUGUGAUUCAAAAAAUUAUUAACACUUGUGGGUCACUGCCUGUAAAGGUUACUUCAAAAUGAGAUGUUAAAAAAGAAAGAUUCAUUAACAUUUCAAACAACAAAUUAUAGCGAGACUAAGGGCAGUUCUCACAGUCUAGAGUAAUCUAAACAAUAGAAACCGGGAAAAAGUGUUGAACAUACAUGUAUAACCAGGCCCGUUGCCAGCUUGCUAGCUUCGGAGGGGCAGUGAGGUUUUUAGGGGUGGCACACCCGGCUCAGUCUACAGUAGGUAUUUUAGAGCUAUGGUCGGGAAAUUUUUUUUCGGGGGGGGGGGGGGGGCAUUGCCCUCCCCUGGCUACGGGCCUGUGUAUAACGAUUAACCUUACAAUGGGUAGGCUAUGGUUAUUUCAAUGAACCUUGCUUCUUACUUGCAUAUGAUAAAUUGACUAUUUUAUAUGAAUUAUUUUUUAAAUAUUGCAGUUGGAAUUAGUUUUUUGUUCUAUUUCCAUUAUUACUUUCAUACUUUGUUUAUAUUAAAGCAAUUUGUAGUUUCGUAAA